UGCUGGUGAAACGCUAUUCGAUUGGCUGGGCCGCUGUCACGUGAGGCGGAGGCCGCUGGCUCGAGACAAAUAAACAUGGAGUCCAUCUUCCACGAGAGGCAAGAAGGUUCAUUGUGUGCUCAGCACUGUCUGAAUAACCUACUACAAGGGGAGUAUUUUAGCCCAGUGGAGUUAUCUUUCAUUGCGCAGCAGCUGGAUGAAGAAGAGAGAAUGAGAAUGGCAGAGGGAGGAAUGUCUAGUGAAGAGUACAGAACAUUUUUACAGAACUGUUCACUGAUUACCACUUCUGGUUUUUCUCCGAUACUUCACCCUGAACAGCAACCUUCUGGAAAUAUGGAUGACAGUGGAUUCUUUUCUAUUCAAGUUAUAAGCAAUGCCUUGAAAGUUUGGGGUUUAGAACUAAUCCUCUUCAACAGCCCAGAAUAUCAGAGGCUCGGGAUCGACCCUAUAAAUGAAAAAUCAUUUAUUUGUAAUUAUAAGGAACACUGGUUUACAGUUCGAAAGUUAGGAAAACAGUGGUUUAACUUGAACUCUCUCUUGACGGGUCCAGAACUAAUAUCAGAUACAUACCUUGCACUUUUCCUGGCUCAGUUACAACAAGAAGGUUAUUCUAUAUUUGUUGUGAAGGGUGACCUACCAGAUUGUGAGGCUGACCAACUAUUGCAAAUGGUUCGGGUACAGCAGAUACAGCGACCAAAAUUGAUUGGGGAAGAGACUGCACAAUCAAGAGAUCAGAGAUUGCAGAAAAGUAACCUGGACCAAGCUGUAGAAGUUAACCAUCCAUUUGAUGGGACAGGCAUGUUAGAUGAAGAUGAGGAGAAUUUCCAAAAAGCCCUUGCUCUAAGUCGGCACGAAAUUGAUAUGGAAGAUGAAGAAGCUGAUCUUCGUAGAGCCAUUCAACUUAGCAUGCAAGGAGAUCAUCAAAAUGAGUUCUCAGGGUCUGUAUCACGAAGUAUUUCUCAAUCAACUAGUACAAGUCUGACAGAGUCUCUUUCUUCAGAAGAACUGCGAAGGAGAAGACAGGCAUACUUUGAAAAGCAGCAACAACAGCUACAGCAACAAGAGCACACCUCAAACCUACAUGACAAACCAACUACCAGUUCAGAUGCACUAGGAAUGGACCCAGGGGGUGAUAUGAGUGAAGAAGACAUGCUUCAAGCAGCCAUGAAUAUGUCUUUGGAAAGUGUUAGGAACCACUUGAAUACAGAAGAAAAGAAAUGACAAAAUAUUUUUUUCUGAUGUCAGAACACUCAUAAUCGCCAUUAUAAUAUUCCUGUGUGGAUGUUCUACAGGCAGGGUUCAUUUUAGAGAUGCUGGAAUCUGUCUGUUGUCCUGCUCCAGAUGGAAAAGGGAAAAUCACAAAUAACAAAAACUUGGUAGAAUUUAGCAAAUUAUGGCCCUGAUACUGCAGAAUACUUAGAAAUAUAUGUACCUUUGCUCACCUGAGUAAUCUUUAAAAUUCAGUUAAACUAUUCACAUGAAUGAAGUUAUGCAUGUGCUCUAGAGCUUUGUUGGCAUUAUUUACCUAAUUUAAACUUGUUUUCUAAUUUUAAGCUGCUUAGAGAAUUUAGCACAAAAUUCCGUAUUAGUAACUUUUUUAAAGUGAACUCGGAUACCCUUCAGUAAUAAUUUAAUAAAUACAUUUAAAUAUUACAUUUUAAAUCACUUAUGGAAUGUACUGCUAAAUUUAGAGAUGAGUAAUGUUUGACAUUUGAAACAUUUACAUUCUUUGUGUUCUUUAUAGUCUAGAACCUGAGUUCAUGGUUCUGUUUCUCCUGCAGGGUUUCUUUCAAGCUGGAAUCCAGCUUCCUGCUAUACAGUUUUAUGUGUGAAUUAUCUGAUCAGUUCUUCAGAAAAAACACAAAACCAUGAGUUUAGGUCCUGGCAGGCCAAAGAAAAUCUUCAGUGUAUUUCCAAUUCUACUACUGCAUUAGAAUCCUUUAAUGGCUUAAGACCUUAGGCCUUUUUUAUUAUUGUUAUUAUUUAUUUUAAGUUCUGGUUUUAAAGUAAUUUGAAGAAAGUAUCUUGCAAGUAAGGUUCAUGCUAUCCUGUUUCCAGUUUUCUUACUUUAGAUGACUUGGGUUUCUAGUUAAUACUACUGCCUUGACUGAAGAAGGAGCUUCUUAUGUAUGAUGGGGAAAUGGUGUUCAGUGGUGUGCUAAAGAGAUUCUUUUUUUUCUACCUCUCCUGUCUUCUGUGGGUUUUUCUUUGGUUUUGCCUUUUUAGUGUUUUUUGUUUGUUUGUUUUGUUUUUUAAUCAUUCUGAGGUCUUUUCCUCUGCUCUGGCUUCUCUCCAUUCCUUCCUUUGCAUUACUGGUUUUAAUAGUCAUCUUCAAAUCAGAGAGUUCACCAAACUGAAUAUAGAGAAAAGGAAGGAUUUAGAUACCAUAACUUCAGUGCCACAUACCUAAAGUGCAUCCCAGCAAUCUGAAAUGACCCCUGUGCAAGUAGCUGUAUUAGGAUUGAAUAUUUAUGUCUGUUUGUGUGCGCCUGGUUUUUUUUUUUCCUUAAAUGCUUUUUAUGAGUGUUUGCUAUUGUUUGCAGCUUUUUUCAGGAAUGGCCUUUAUUCAUGCACCUUACAUGUUUUUUUGUCAUGCUGUUUCUGAUACUUGGAAAGCAAAGUAUGCAAGCGAGUACUGUUGUUUUUUUAUGACUUACACUUGGAUAUCCAAGAUGAAUGUGUAAUAGAGUGACCAGAUUUUGCCUGCAACUUUACUACAACAGUUCAAACAUGCUCCUCUUUAAUUGAUGGUGCUUUAAAUAUAAAUUCUGUUUACAUAUGCAUUAUUUGGAAAUAUGUUGUACAGUUUUUAAGCUGUAUACCACUUACUAUAUAAGAAGUUGCCACAAACAUUCUAAGAAUCAUUUUUUUGAAAAAAAUCAAUUAUUUACCAAAAUAUUUAAAAUUAUAUCAUUUUACUGUAGUCAUGUAUUUAAUUAACAUGCAUUAUUAGUAAUUAUUCAGUGGAAGCAAACAUUCAGCACCAAGAAGUAUUGUAUACAAAAGGGCCUUGAAUUUCUGGUAAAUGUUUGUUGAUGGCUUUUUGAUGGCUUAGAAUAUUGCUAUACCGUGGGCCAAGUCUUGAUUCCAUUUCUUGCUUCCAUAAUUUCCACUGAUGUCAGUGGGACCGUGAGUAAGGGAAUCUGGAUUUAGCUGUAGAAGAGUGGUGAUUUUAAAAAUUGCUUUACAUUCUACCAUUCUCAUCCUUUGUAGGGAACACUGCUAUGUAGUUAACAAUCCAACUAAAUCAGCAAAAUCCUUGGACAGCUUUGCUACCCCUGCUGCACAAAGCUAUUGAAACAAAGUAACUUCUUUUAAAAAAACCCAAAAACUUUGCAACACUUAAGCUGCAUCCAGCCAUGCAGGGGUGUGAGGUUUGUGGCGCUGCAAACCUCUGUGCAGUGAACUUUAAAACAUGUCCUAUACUAGAACAAGCAGUGCUCUGGCUGCUGGCCAGGAGUCCUUGCUGCCCGACCUGUGGCCCCUGCUGCUAUCAGUGUUGGCUUCAGCCUCGAGCUCUCCCUGGCUGAACUGCCAGGAGGAGCUGGGCAAGGACAGUUUGCCCAUUUAUCCCACAACAAAACACACAUGCAGGGGCAUGCACUGCAGCAAUUUGUGCUGCUGCAAGCACACACCCCUGCAUGUCUGGAUGCAGCCUUAAUGGCUGCAAAAACCUGUCAGUAUAGAUGUUUACUUCAAAAUUGAAUAUCAUUUGUAAAUAGAAAAGGACUCAAGCAUAAAGUAGUUUUGUGUUAAUCCGAAAAUUAAUCAUGACCUUUUGCAGUCUAGAUUGUACCAUAAAGGGGAAGGUUCUCCCUUUAUAAGUGGAUGCAGGAUUGUAAAGUUUUUUGUUUUAAUUCAUGGAAAUUGCUAACUUUGUCUUCUGUUUUGAAAAAAUAUUUCUAUGGCUAUAUGCUGUAGCAUUCCUGUAUACGUUUUAAACCCUGAAAACCACGUAUACUAUAUGCCUCAUACACAAAAUUGUUACUAUCACUAAACGUUUGAAGUUCACAAUUAAACCUCCAAAUCCAUUCUUAACCUUCUGUCCAUUCUUAACCUUCAGUAGGAAAUCCAUUCUUAACCUUCAGUAAUACAACAUAUCAGGAAUUAUAAGGCCACAGACUGCUUGAGAAAACCCAGCUGUAUGAAUUAGAUAUUACAGUUAACCAUAUUCGUUUUUAAACAACAUUCUAAAAAUUGGGCUAAAUGCACUUAGCAUUUCGAAGAAUUAUAAGAUUAUUUAGACUGUAUGAACUGUUAGUGAAUCAGUUAGGAGGUAGCUAUUCAAGCUAUGUAUGUUAAUUGCAACAAAGGAAAAGGUUAAUACAAUUUAAUGAUGAUACACAUUUUAUAACCUAGAUUAAAGUUCAGAAAGUGUGGAACCACCAAGAAGCCAUCAAUAGAAAACUGACUUCAUCUCAGUGUGCAUUCAUGUAGUGAUAAGCACUUACCAACCUGGCUCAAUUGUGAAAUGCAUUUGUAAAUAAAGUGCAAACUAUUCUAGAGCAGUAGUCAUCUGAAGCUGAAAUUUUUUCUUCACAUUGUAACAUUAGUAGUAUACCUAGCUUAAUAUGCAGGUUCAUACUUUGACUUUUGUUCCUAUUCUACAUCUGAAAGAGCAUCAGACUCUGCCUGUCUUACAAAAAUUACUCUGUCUAAUCAUGUUUAUGUCCAGCUGAUAGUACAGAUGGGGUUUUGUCCACAAGUCUGGUAGAACCAUGUUUGGUGCUUAACUGAAUUAAGACACAAUUUUAAGACAUAAGACAUAACGUGAUUCUAAUUUUUUAUUGUUCUCCCAGGCAAGGGGGAAAAACAUAUUAGAAAAUGGUCAGUCACAUUUAAGCAUGACUAUUUUGGGCACUUUUUGGAUUAUAAAUGUUCUGAUGUUUAUAUUAAAUAUGUCAAAAAUGCUGACAUUCUUUUGAUAUUAAAUUGGUAUUAGAAGCAAACUGGUUUCCAGUCGCCUGCAUUUGAAGUCCAUGUGGUGUGAAAACAUCUUCCUUUAGCAAGAUGGAAGCAGUAAGUUAAGUGCAAAUCUGUUAAGCUUCCCUUUCAAAUACAAUCAUUUUACAUUGCAGGGAAUAAUUAUGCAACAGUUGCAGUACUGUUUAAUGAAUACCAAUAUAAAGUUAAAUUUCAAAUGUGUUAGGAAUUCAUAAAACAGUGUAUGCAAUAUAGUGGCCAUUAGCAAAUGCCAAGUAGUUUCUUCUCUAAAUCUCAGCCAAAUAUUUGUUACACACACAAUGCACUCUUUUGUUUAGGAAAAUGCAUAGUGUUUUUAAAAGUGAGUAAACAAAUACGUAGAAGGAAAUGCUAUCCAAAAAGUAUGAUAUAUUUUGUUUCAUCUGUAAGAUAACAUACAAAUAUUGGGCUUUUUCCUCCCGAAAAAUGUGUUUAAGUUCAAGUCUAUUUUAUUUUUACAAAGACUUAUUGUACAAUUCCUAUUAACAGUGCAUCAACUUGGAUUUUGGAUUGGUUUAAAAGUAGUAAAAUCCCAUUAGUAAUAAGGAAAAUAUGUAGAAUUAGUUGGAUUUGUCAGAGCUUAGAUGGAAAAUUGUAUCACAUUUAAUCCUAGGAGGUAAAAACUACUAGGAGGUGUUAGCAGUUCUUACAAAUGUACACAUAAUGCUACUGGAUUUUCAUAAGUACUGAUAAGAAACCUUUAAAAACUGUCCAGUCUAACAAGUAAUCCUCUAUUUUUUCAUUUUGUUUUUUAAAAAAAGCAAGCAGUUGUUUAGCUAAGUAAAGAUAAUAUUACACAGCAAUGCCUUAGAACUCAUUCACUAUAAUUCGGUUGCUAUACUUUGAAAAUGAAAGAUUUCGUACAUUCCUGUUCAUUUUGUAUUUACAGAAUUUGUUAAAAGUCUAUGCUUUUGCAUAUUGUUCUUUAAAAAUGAAGUACCUUUAUGUUGCAUAAAAGUGAUACAUUUUUAUCAUGAAAGCAUAGAUCAUUCUUUAUUUCAAUGUCAUGGUUUAAAGAUACACUGUCAAGGUUUAUAUACCCAAAAUCUGACUUGCCAUUUUUUCCUCCUCUUCCUGAACUGCAAUACGUCUGAAAAGUAUCUACUCUGGUUUUGUUAAAAUGUUUGAAUUUUGUCCUUUGAGGAAAAUCAGUACUACACUCCAGACCAUCUCUCUGUUAACCAGUGUUAGUCCUGUUGAGGAAAACCUUUAGUUAAAGGAGGAAUUGAUGAGAUAAUAAUGAAAUAUCUGAAUGUUAAGAUUAGAUGAAGGGUGGAAACCUUGAUAGUGUCUUUUAAAUACUUGCACACACUGACAAAAAUCUGUCUUCUGCUGUGUCCAUGUAUCCCACUGACUUCAGUAAACUUGCACAAGUACAAAAGAGAAUAGAAUUUAGGGGCUCUUUUGGGAAAUACCUCACUAAAGUAUGAAGUCCGAUUCUUCUGUAUCGUCUCUUGUAUAGUACAAAGUUGUGUAUUUCUAGGAAAUGCCUUCAGUUAUAAAUUCUAAGAGGAAGAAAACAUAGAACUUUAAAUCUAAUUUUUAUGCCACUUUUUAAAAACAACUGACAUUCUAUGUAUAUAAAACCACAAUGCUAAAAAUUUAACAUAUCAAGGAAAUUUGAAAUGUAUGUAGCCAUACAGCUGAAUGCAUUACUGCAGUUCUACUAGGCACUGGUUUGAGAAGGACCUCCAAAUAAGCACUUGUAAACAAUAAUAUACUAUUAUGGAUGAACAACUGUAAGCUGUGCUAAAUAUUGAUUUCAAAGUUAUUAAAAUAAAGAGGCCUAUACUUUUUAAUGUUCUUCUUUUAAUCUAAAUAUCUGUGCACAUGCCUUCCCUUAAGAUAUACAUGUAUCUGGCACAAAUCCCAUAGAAAUUACUAGAAGACUUGUCCUUGACUUCAGCAGGUUUUGGAUUAGCUCUUGGUAGCAGUGAGCAGUGCACCUUAUUAAUUGUCCUUUACAUCUCAUGAUUUCAUAGAUUUCAUCAGGUCCAGCCCCCUACCCAAGGGGAAGGAAGUCAGCUAGGGUCAAAGGAUCCCAGCAAGAUAAGCAUCCAAAUGGUUCUUAAAGGUGUCCAGAGUAUGUGCUUUCACCACCUCUGGGGGGAGUCUGGUCCAGGCCUUGGCAGCUCAGACAGUAAAGAAGUUUUUAGUUACGUCUAGCCUGAAACGGUCUUGUAGGAGUUUGUGACCGUUGGACCUUGUCAUCCCUUGGGGUGCCCGGGUGAACAGGUGUUCCCCCAGUUCCUGAUGCACACCCCUUAUAUACUUAUAGGUUGCCACCAAGUCACCCCUGAGCCUGUGCUUUUCCAGGCUGAAGAGUCCCAUAGCUCAGAGCCUCUUUGUAAGACCUGUUCUCUUUCCCUCUGAUCAUGCAUGUGGCUGUCCUCUGGACUCUUUCAAGCUUCUUCACGUCCUUCCUAAAUAGUGAAGCUCUGAACUGGAUGCAGUAUUCCAGCUGCGGCCUCACCAAGUCUGAGUACAGUGGGAGGAUGACAUCUUGGGUCUUGCUUGAGAUGCAUCUAUAGAUGCAAGCCAAAGUUUUGUUCGCUUUGCCAGCUGCGAUAUCGCAUUGGUGACUCAUGUUCAUCUUGUGGUCAAUCAUGACCCCCAAGUCUCUUUCAGUCAUGGUGCUAGUGAGUGUAGCUCUGCCAAACAUAUAAGUGUGAUGUGAUGUUUUUUCCCCCUGAGGUGGAGCACCUUGCAUUUCUCCGUAUUGAAUGCCAUCAGGUUUUCAUCCACCCACCUUGCAAGCCUAUUGAGCUCAGCCUGGAUCACCAGCCUAUCCUUAGGUGUGGACACUUCCCCAAAGUUUGGUGUCCUCAGUGUACUUGGCCAGUCCACUUCUGACACCAGUGUGCAGAUCAUUUAUGAAGACAUUAAAGAGAACAGGUCCAAGAACAAAGCCUUGGGGGACACCACUAGUCACUGAGUGCCAUGAUGAAAAUUUUAAAAUAAUAUCUGGAAAGUGAGUAAUAUUGAGAGAGUUGCUGAUUAGUUAUAUUUAAACUUGAUCUUGUACAGAUUGGUUGCACAUAAAAUGUUUGUUAAAUUAUAUUAGCAUUGUCACUUGCCUUGAUCCCACAUACAGUCAUGAAAAUAGAUCAUGUUGAUCAUAAUUGUUCAUAUAUUAGACCUGAUAGACAUACUAUAAUAUUUUGUAUAUAUUGAUAAAUAGCAGUGUUUAUUGGUACUACUGGGGUUUAAGCUGUUCUGCUUAAAGUUUUAACAGUCUAUUUAUAACAAAAACAGUAAGCAGGUGAGAUGUAAACAAUGUCAGUACUUGCCUUAUCUGAUUUGCUAGCUCUACACUGUUGGAUACAAUGUGUGCUGGAUGCCAAGUACUUGUACUCUUGAAUCUUAAGUUCAUGACAGACACUGCUGUCUUGGUGGUGCUUUACCUAUUCAACAAAAAUAGUUAAUUUUAAAAAAAAUAAAUUAAUAAAACCUUU